GUCUAUUCAAUAUUGUUCAAUUUCGUAACGAUCCCUGUCAAGCACUUUCAUCUUCGAUCACAGGUGGAACAUGCUUGAGCGCACAAGAGUGCUCCAGUCAAGGUGGAACCAUGGAUGGCAAUUGCGCUGCAGGUUUUGGUGUUUGUUGCAUUUUCGCCGUAAUUGGUUGCAGUGGGAUUGUCACCAAGAAUUGCACCUAUGUUCGGAAUAUGGGCUUUCCUGGGGCCGAUAUGAGCACCAUUAGAACUUGCUCGAUAAACAUCAACCGCUCACACGGGGAUAUUUGCCAAAUCAGGUUGGACUUUGGGUCGAUAACGAUGAUUCCACUUGGAACUUUGCCGGGAGAAUGCGGCGGAACAGGCGACGCUUUGACCGUACGGAGUCCUCAUUCGGGUUCCCAGAGUGCUUUUCCACCGCCUGUCUGUGGAACACUCACCGGUCAACAUAUGUAUUUUGAAAGCGGUCGUGACGGCGCUUUGGCCGGACAGAUCAACGUUGCUCAAGGAUCCGUGUUGGGGGAUCGACGAUACAACAUCAAGGUGUCGUACAUUUCGUGCAGCAGCAGGCAGCGGGCUCCAAGUGGAUGCACUCAAUACUUCACGGGACGUACGGGAACGAUCACCUCCUACAAUUUCCAGGGUGGACAGAUCUUGGCCGACCAAGUCUAUGGGAAUUGCAUUCGUCAAGAGAGAGGGUUUUGCUCGGUCCAAUUCAAGGAAACGGACAUCGCUACGCCGGAUCCGUUUGAUUUGGAUGCCGGCAAUCCAGAUCAAGUUCAGGAUAAUUGCAUGUCCAAAAACCACGUGACCAUUCCGAGCCGAGCAAUUGAUGUGGUGGUCGCCGCCAUUACUGCCAGUCAAGAUGUUGUCACAUUGGUACCAUCAAUGAGAUGCAAUACCGUCUUUGGAUCGGCUCCCGGAACGAGUGUGCCCUCAACUCUAGAGUCUGAAAGGAAUCUGCCUUUCGUGGUGAAUGUGAGGACGCUGCCCAACGUCGUGGGUCGCGACAACAUGUUUUCGGGAUUCAGUCUGGAUUACAAGCAACUUCCAUGUUAGGAGAUCAAAGCAUCGCUCAAUUGAAAGCCUUUUUUUUGUUAAUCUUUGCAAUGUCAAGAGUAAUAAACACAUG